AUGGACACCAUUAAUCUAAGUACCAAUUUGCAUGAUUGGCUGGAGGACCCGAUGCUACAAGUAUCCGACUCUAGAGGUGCAGGCUCUGUUGGCGCCAGCACCACGUUGUCGCCUCCUGGUAUGAAGCAUUUGGAGCUGUCACAGAGCAACCCGACGCCGUCACCGAGAUCCAGUGUAUCGAUGAACAGGGGCAGUCACUGCAGGUCGGGUUUGUAUGAGCUCGUGCAGCGGGUGCCGUUGGACGAGAACAGCCUGCUGGCGUAUGUGCUGCAGCAGUAUUUCCAUGUGCACGAGAAGAAAGAGGCGGAGCUGCUGACGCUGGUGGAUAUCAUACUUGAUCAAACGUACCCGCAUUCGCUGACGUUGAGGAAGUUGCGGUACGAUUCGACUUACUUCCGUUACUUCGGCACAAUAUCCCGUGAGAACGAUAUUACGAGGUGCCCUGUGUUCUACGUUUCAUUGUACUUCUACAUGACGUGGGGCCUCCCAGCUCGCAAACAGAUCAGCUGGGACACUUUUUCUACCAUCCCAUUAUUAAGCAACCCCCCUGGUGAUGAAUAUGGUCCUGGCGCCAGCUGCUCCAAGCCAGAGUCACAGAACCACUCAAUGUCUAACAAGAUCACACGAAGUGUUAGCGUGCCUGCGCAGCUGAAACAGUCCGUAUAUCCAUGGCUGGCACAACUAAAGGAGGAUAUGAACCAGAAGGACCGGGUUAAUUACAAAUUAUACUCGCUCAUCGAACUAUUUCAGUAUCUUUCAGAAUGCAUCGUUCAGGAUAUAGCGUUCCUCGAAUGCACUGGCCAGCUUCCGGCCGUGCGGGAGCUAUUGCGGGAGGGCAACCAGAAGCUGUUUGGAUCAGCUAUGUUUGCGAAAUACAAGGAAGAGAUGAGGCAACAGCUCGACGGCGAAGUGGUAAACAAGGAUUGGCAUAACUCCAUCUUAUUGAGAAUGGAAGAGAAAUUCAAUCAGCUCACAGCUAAGACCGCACAAGACAACACGAAGUUGAACAGUGAGAUUAGCGAUCUGAAGGGAAAGCUCAACUCCAUGAGUUCCAUGAUAUCUCAGCUAUUGGAAUCUCAGCGGCAGCUGAUCUCGAGGUCGUCUUCGCAUGUGCCAGCCCUGUCGGGAACAGCAGUGUCUGCGCUAGAUAAAGCUCUUCAACAGCCGCUCUCUCUCAACGAUACAGCGUCCGCGUUAGCACCGAUCAGCGUACUUCCCUCUUUAAGUCAGCAGCAUCUCGCCGACGGCAAGCGAAAGCUGCCGUUGCCAUCCGCCCCUAGCCCGCUGGAUCACUCUGCGGGCGCGACGUUGAAGAAGUUCCGGUUUGAAGACCGAGUUCUGGAGGGGACAGCGGGCACGCCAAAUAAUCUUGGAUCUCCUCUUGAACCUCUUUUAUCGAGAGCUAUAUCAUCUCCACGCAUUCCUAUUACCUCGCUCACGACACAGAUACCCCCUACUUUAGCAGCUGCAACACCGCCUCUGCACGUACGUCCGCAGAAUACUCGCAUACUUCAGGAGCCAAGGCAAGCUGCCGACCCCACAACAGCCGCGAUGACCCUAACUCAGGACUGUAUUAAUACCGUUAUGGCGGAUGAGCUUGAGCUACAGAAGGCUCCUCUAGACGAGUCCGUGCAUAACCUGGCAGUCAACAAUACAGCUUCGUCCAACGGCGGCCCCAACGAAUCCAUCAAAUAUAAACUAUCCAGGGAUAACAAAACAAUUUGGGACCUCUACACCGAAUGGUACAAGGGUUUCGAUGGCAAGCCAUCUAUCAAGUCGCUGAUAGAACGCUAUGGUUGGCGCCGUUGGAAAGUCAGCGAUGAUUCCCAUUUCUUUCCUACGCGCAGGAUCAUCAUCAACUAUAUCGAGAAGGAGUGUGACCGCGGCGUUGCUAUGGGUAAAUACCCGUCUACCCUUGACCGGGAAGCGGUCCGAAAGCUGGUGGCAAAAGAUUUGGAGAACUUCCGCGUAACCAACAGCCUCACGCUGAACAGUCUCUCCCUAUACUUUCGCAACCUAACACGGGAGCAGCGGGAAAUAUGCAUAUACAACAACUUCACCGACUGGAGCUUGCUAAUCCUUCCGGAAGAGGAGAAAACCAAGUACUGCAAAAGAAAGCAGGGUUCUUCGUCAGAAUAA